CUCUUGUUGAUCUGGGGUUAACGACAAGUGCUAAUCUCAGUAAGACCUCCCAAAGGUUCAUACGAGAAAGGGCGGAUUUGAAAUGAUAUUUGACCUCCAAUUACCACUCAAAACAGUCUGAAUAUGAACCCUUAGCGGUGCUCUAAAAUCUUGAAACUUCGAAAUUAUUAGAUUGCAAACUUUUGUCGUAUGAUUUCACCUAAUUUUCUGAUCCGUAUUCUGAAGCACUGUAAAACACUCUUAGGUGGUGUUUGUUACACGGGAUUGGACAUCCUUAUCUAGUCUAAUCUCAGUUAUCCCAUGUUUGGCAGCAAGGAGGACUCUUUUUAAUGAGACUCCACAGUCCCAAAUACACCCCCAACACCUUCUACCACAAACCCACCAAAAACCAUGGGAUUCUGGAAGACUGGAAGCCACUCUCACUCGAUCUUCUCUUCCUUUCUGUUCGUCGUUCUCUCAUCAUUGUCAACCUGCAAUUCCACCCCGCCCCAUCUAUUACACUGAUGAAAGAAUCUAAAACACAAGAAACAAAAUCACAAACGACUCCAAGACCUCCGCAUCAGAAAUAGCAUAUCGUAGAAUGAUUGGGUCUGAGUUCGCCGACAAGCUUCUGCAAAUUGAAAGCUGAGAAGAAACCAAACUGAAUGAUUGGGAAUCUGAUGAUUGCAAAGGAUUUCAAUUCUGGAAGUUGAAUUUGUCUGGGAAGAACUGUAGGCACCUUGGCUUGACUGGAAACCCAGAUCCCUUGACGAAGAACGCGGACACCUUGGCUUGACUGGAAGAGAAAUUGGGUAUGCCUUUGAUCUGAGAAGUUUGAGAGAACUUGUUGAUGGUGUUGCAGGUCUGUGGUGUUGGUGGAGUCUGGGUCUUUGUGUUAGUGUUAUUAGUCCCUCCAGCACCAAACAUGAGUCAGGACAUAGUAAAGCAUAAGCCCAACUUGAGGAGUUCAGGACAGUUAUAGAAAUUAAGGCAGGGUAUGACAAUCCUAGGAAACAAACAUCACCUUAUUGCAUUUGUGUUCCAAUGGAGUGUGUGAGAGAGGUUGGGUUGGGUUAGCUUAAAAUCUUUAUUAAAGAUAAAACGACGACGUUCUUCUAGUCCGACGGCCACGUGUCAUCAUGCAAAUCAUGUAUGUCGUACGACCCUUUUCUUAGCGUCGUAACGAACUCUUUCCCCUCCCAACCACCCAAUCACUCUCAAAACAAAAAGGUUCUCUAUUUCCCUCCCUCAUUUACCCCAAACCAAUUCAAAAUCCCGCGAAAUACAGAUGAGGAUUGCCGAGAUAUCAACGCCGGAGCUCCGGCAAAGCCACAACGACUCCCCCUCCCAAUCGCAACCGCAUCAGCAUCAGCAUCUGAUCUCCCAGAUCGAAUCCUCAAUCAAGCAAACCGAGAACCUCUCCCCUGAAAACCUCUUACCUGACACAGUUUCCGGCGAUCUCCGGCGAGCCUUGACUCAAUUGAGCCACCACGCUCCAUUCCCCAACUCUCUGAAGCUCGUGAUCUGGAAACUCAGUUACCGCCUCUGGAACGCCUGCGUCGAUCUCUCCAACACCACCUCCCUCCGCUCCCUCCCUUCCUCCAAAGCCGAAGAGCACGCCAAGCUCCGCCACAUCGCCGCCGACCUACUCUGCGUCGCUGGUGAAGUGUCCGGAGUUCCUUCCCCGGCAAUCAAGUCUGCCUCCUUCUACCACAAGACCGGAGUCAAAUGGCACGAGCUCCGCAAAUUCGACCUCGCUUCGUCGUGCUUCGAGAAAGCGACCGAUCUCCUCUCGAAGAUCGAAAUCAGCACGGUCUCCGACUCCGAAGAGAAGAAGCUAUUUCUGGAUUUGAGUAUCGCCAGGUCAAGAACCGCCUGGGAAGUAUCGGACCGGAAGCUCGCGGUGGCGCUGCUGAACCGGGCCAAGAACUUGCUAUUCGGGUCGCCGGAUCACUACAAAACCCUAGCCAAUCAGUACUCGAUGUUCGGAAAGAGCGCGCUGUCCAAUAGCGAGAGUAUUUCUCUGAACGAAGCAUUGAAGCUCAUGAACGAGGCUCUGGAGCUAUACGAGAACGGAUUGCGCGCGGCGAGGACACGCGACGAGACGGUGGAUCUCAAGACGUUAAGGUCGAAGACGCUCCGGUUCAUCUCGGCCGUUCAUUUGCAGAUGAACGAGUUCGAGAGCGUGAUCAAAUGCGUGAGGGUGUUGAGAGAGGGAGACGCAGGUGAUCAGCACCCUAGCCUUCCGGUGAUGGCGAUGAAGGCCUGGUUGGGGCUGGGGAAGUACGGCGAGGCCGAGAAGGAGCUCAGGGGCAUGGUUGUAAAUGAAGGCAUUCCUGAGGGCGCUUGGGUGUCGGCGGUGGAGGCCUACUUUGAGUCGGCCGGGACGGCUGGAGCAGAGACGGCGAAGGGAGUAUUUUUGGGGCUGCUUGGGAGGUGCCACGUCAGCGCCAGCGCAGCGGUUAGGGUUUCUCACAGGGUUCUUGGGGAGAGUUGCAGCGAGGGAUCAAAAGUGAGGGCUAGGGUGGUGUCGGAGCUUGUAUCUGAUGACAGAGUGGUGGCUAUCUUCUCCGGUGAGGCAGCUGCGAAGCAGAGGACUGCAAUGCAUUCUGUGCUUUGGAAUUGUGCUGCUGAUCAUUUCCGGCUAAAGGAUUAUGUAACAAGUGCAGACCUGUUUGAGAAAGCAAUGCUUUAUAUUCCAUUCGACAUAGAGAAUCGAAUUCUCCGAGCCAAGGGCUUCAGAGUUUUGUGUCUCUGCCACCUAGGUCUUUCCCACCUUGAUCAAGCUCAAGAAUACAUUAACGAGGCUGAAAAGCUUGAACCUAACAUAGCUUCAGCUUUCCUAAAGUACAAGAUUUAUCUUCAGAAGAAAGACCAGGAUGGGGCUAUUACUCAGAUUCAGGCAAUGACAACCUGCCUUGAUUUUAUGCCAGACUUUCUCUCCCUUGCAGCCCAUGAAGCUGUUGCCUGCCGUGCUCUUUCCAUUGCUGUUGCUGCUCUAUCAAGUCUGCUGAACUUUUAUGCCCCAGGAAAAUCCAUGCCAACAAGUGAAGUCGUAGUUCUGCGCACCUUGGUCACAAUCCUUACUCAGGAACCUGGGAAUGAGCUUGAAGCCCUCAAGUUUGUUAAGCGUGUUCAUAAUCGGGCAUCUGAGCUUGGACCUAAUUGCUUUUUUGGGACAGGGGAGGUUGGAAAACGGGAAAGGAAUUGGUUUGCUGUGACUUCAUGGAACCUUGGGACGAAAACUGGCACUGAGAAAAAGUAUGAAUUAUGUGCCGAAUUCUAUAGACUGGCAUCAGAAUUUUAUUGUCUUCUGGUUGAUGGGCAGGUAGGAGAAAACAUGGUCUGCAAAGCACUGAUACUGACUAUAUCUGCAAUUAUAGCUUCAGAAAAUCAGAAGAAGACAACAUUGCCUGAAAGUGAAGUGAAACAAGCUGUACAGCUUCUAGAUAGAGCAGGGAAGAUACUGAAGUCAACCUUACCAGGGAAUCAACUUAGCGGUGAUCCAGUUACCACCAUUGAACCUGACCUAUACUUCAUCUACACCUUUUGUGCCUAUGACAUAUAUGGAAGGCUCAAUGAUUCAGGAUUACAGCUACAACUUGUGAAGACUUUUGCUAGUUCCAAGGCCUGCAAUCCCAAGUUCCUCCUUCAGAUUGGCCUCACUGCUUCACAAGGUCCACAGUCCAAUCAUGAAGUAGCGACCUUUGCUCUAAAUGAAUGCCUCUCAGUUUUCCUCUCUUCCCCCUCUCCGGACUACCAAAAUGUGGCUCUGAUCGUCCGGAAGCUCAUUGCUGUGACCAGCAUUCACAAAGGUGAUACAGAUGAUGAUGCUGUGUAUAACAUGUACAAGCAAGCUUACAGAAUUAUGGUAGGACUGAAGGACAGUGAGUAUCCGACUGAAGAAGGAAAAUGGCUAGCGAUGACUGCAUGGAAUAGGGCAUCAGUGCCUGUGAGGCUUGGCCAGAUUGAUGCGGCAAGGAAAUGGAUGGAUGUCGGUAUGCAGCUAGCUAAGCAUGUUAAUGGAAUGGAUACUUAUAGGGCGUGCAUGGAGGAUUUCAUUACCAGCUUUGAGAAGAAAUUUGGUGCCCCAAAUGAUGGCGUAAACAGACCUCAGCUAGUAGUCUAGUACUAUAAUUCGUGUUUAUAUAGUUAGGAAGACGGUGGAUUUCUCGUAUAGAAAACUAUGGUUGCAUUACAACAGAAGAUGCUCAUGGUUUGGAAACUCAUGUCAAGUACUAGUGAACUCUAAUGGUAGAUAUGUAUCGUCACUAAACAUUGUGCUUUAAUUGCUAAUUUUUGUAAAAAAA